AUGUUCACGAUCUCCCCCUACAGUCGUCGCUCUCCCGUCUCCCCUACAGUCGUCGGCUCUCCCGUCUCCCCCUACAGUCGUCGUCUCCCCAGUCGUCUCUCCGUCUCCCCCUACAGUCUCGUCGGCUCUCCACGUGGGUCUCCCCCCCUACAGUCGUCGGCUCUCCCCUACGAUCUCUCCCCUGCAGUCGUCGGCUCUCCCGUCUCCCCCUACAGUCGUCGGCCUGUCUCCCCCUACAGUCGUCGGCUCUCCCCCCUACAGUCGUCGGCUCUCCCCCCUACAGUCGUCGGCUCUCCCCCCUGCAGUCGUCGGCUCUCUCCCCUACAGUCGUCCCCUGCUCCUGUCCCCUACAGUCUCGUCGGCUCUCCCGUCUCCCCCUGGUGGUGGAGUCGUCGGCUCUCCUGUCUCCCCCUGCAGUCGUGGCUCUCCCCCCUAGUGGAGUCGUCGGCUCUCCCUCGUCGGCUCUCCCGUCUCCCCCUGCAGUCGUCGGCUCCCCCUGCCGUCUCCCCCUGCAGUCGUCGGCUCUCCGUCUCCCCCUGCAGUCUCGUCGGCUCUCCCCGUCUCCCCCCUGCAGUCGUCGGCUCUCCGUCUCCCCCCUGCAGUCUCCCCCUCGGCUCUCCGUCUCCCCCCUGCAGUCGUCGGCUCUCCGUCUCCCCCCUGCAGUCGUCGGCUCUCCCUCGUCGGCUCUCCGUCUCCCCUGCAGUCGUCGGCUCGUCUCCCCCUGCAGUCUCGGCCCCCGUCUCCCCCUGCAGUCGUCGGCUCUCCGUCUCCCCCUGCAGUCUCGUCGGCUCUCCCCCCGAUGUCUCCCCCCUGCAGUGGGUCGGGCUCUCCCGUCUCCCCCUGCAGUCGUCGGCUCUCCCGUCUCCCCCUGCAGUCGGCAUCGCUCUCCGUCUCCCCCCUGCAGUCGUCGGCUCUCCCCUGGGCUCUCCCGUCUCCCCUGCAGUGCGUAAAAUAGUCGUCGGCUCUCCGUCUCCCCCUGCAGUCGUCGGCUCUCCCGUCUCCCCCCUGCAGGCUCUCUCCCUGCCGAUUAAUCUCCCCCUGCAGUGGACGGCUCUCCCGUCUCCCCCUACAGUCGUCGCUCUCCUCGUCGGCUCUCCGUCCCCCCUGCAGUCUCGGCUCUCCGUCUCCCCUGCAGUGGAGUCGGCUCUCCUCUCCCCCUGCAGUCCUCUCCCCCUGCAGUCGGUCUCUCCCGUCUCCCCUGCGUGUCUCCCCCUCAGCUCUCCGUCUCCCCCUACAGUCGUCCGGCUCUCCCCCUGUCUCCCCCUACAGUCGCCGGCUCUCCCGUCUCCCCCCUACAGUCGCCGGCUCUCCCCGUCUCCCCCUACAGUCGCCGGCUCUCCCGUCUCCCCCUACAGUCGCCGGCUCUCCGUCUCCCCCUACAGUCGCCGGCUCUCCCGUCUCCCCUACAGUCGCCGGCUCUCCCGUCUCCCCUACAGUCGCCGGCUCUCCGUCUCCCCCUACAGUCGCCGGCUCUCCCGUCUCCCCCUACAGUCGCCGGCUCUCCCGUCUCCCCUACAGUCUCUCCCCCUACAGUCUCCUCCCGUCUCCCCCCUACAGUCGUCGGCUCUCCCGUCUCCCCCUACAGUCGCCGGCUCUCCGUCUCCCCCUACAGUCGCCGGCUCUCCGUCUCCCCCUACAGUCGUCGGCUCUCCGUCUCCCCUACAGUCGUCGGCUCUCCCGUCUCCCCCUACAGUCUCGUCGGCUCUCCCGGCUCCCCCUACAGUCGUCGGCUCUCCCCUCUCCCCCUACAGUCGUCGGCUCUCCCGUCUCCCCUACAGUCGUCGGCUCUCCGUCUCCCCCUACAGUCAUCGGCUCUCCGUCUCCCCCUACAGUCUCGUCAGCUCUCCGGCCUCCCUCUACUGUCGUCAGCUCUCCUGA